AUGUCUUCGCUCUCGCUGCGCUUCUCGGCGCUCUCGGCGGGCAACAAGUCGUACAACCCGCCCAAACCCACCUUCCACUCGCCACAGCUCAAGGCAUCCCGACACACCUCGCUCGCCUCUUCCAGCAGCGCUACCCUCCCCCUGCGCGCGUCGCAGACGGUAGGCGAUCGACCUCGUACUGCACCGAAUAAUGCGAAACCGUCCGGGUUGAGGAGCGUCACCGAGUUCGGCAGGCUCGAGCUGGAUGCGCUCGAAGAGAGUGUAGAGAGCGAGGCCGAGCCGCACACCUCGUGGCUCGAGCUGGACGAGGAUGUGGCACCGAGUGCAUCGCGUCGGCGCAGCAGCACACUCUCGUCCGGCGUCGAGUACGUCCACACCCCGAACGCCAUGAAGAGCCAGUUUGACGACUCCGACGACGAAGACCAGCCGCUCUCCACCCGCCUCUCGACCGUCCCGCAGUUUGCGAGGCUCGCCGCACUCGGUUCGACGCGCCUGUUUCGCAGACAUGCGCGCGCAUCCUCCUCGAUCGACCUUGGCCACAAGCCCCCCGCCGCGCCAAGUGUUGGUGCACCACGAAAGGCGGUGGUGGGUGACCGACCGAGCGCGACCGAGCUCGAGCAUCUCAAACCCGGACCCUCGGCGCUCGAGCGGGACCUGGUUCGAAGCCUCAAAGGCUCGAGCCCCAAGGACCGCAACAAGGCCCUUCCCAGGCCACCGGAACGCUCUCGACGAUCACGCGAUUCCACCACCACCAUCGACGGUCCCCCACCCGCCUACGUCGAAGAAGCAGGGCUGCGCAAAUCACGCUCCCUCACUACACUUCGCCUCGAGCAGCGGCCCAUCGAAGGUCUGGAGCGCAUCACCGAGCAUGUCGUUUCGCCUCUGCCGCCGAGUAUGGCGCUGCCGGUGCUGCCGCCGAUUGAGCGCAGUCGGGCGUUUAGCUUGAGCGAGAUCAAGCGCACGGGGUUGCCGCCGCAGAAGCCGCCGCCCAAGGCGCAGCUGCCGCCUACGCCGCGCGACUCGGGCAGCCAGUCGUUCGAGUCGGCAAAGUCGCACCCCACCUCGCCCACGGCGCUUACGACGUGGUCCAUCCUCGACGCAUACGCCCAUUCACCGCUUCCUAUCACCCCACAUGCAUGGCAGGCCGAUGCCAAGGUCGAGCUCAACGUAGGUGGGACGAGGUUUACGACUCUAGCAUCUACUCUGCGGGGCGAGCAAGGUGACUGUCCAAGGCUGUUGCUACCACGCCCGAUUGGGCAGCCAAGGCAAAAGUCUCAGGCGGACCUGGAAGAGCGUGUGGACGAGGCGGAUGCGGCGGCCAGUUCGCACUCGAGCUCGCCGUCGACGUUUGCAUGCGAUCUGUCGCAAACCGACUCGGUCUCCACCCGUCGCACCAGUGGCGUCUCGGAACCCAACCACGAUGCUCCAGCUACCGCCAUCUUUGUCGAUCGAAACCCCGAGCUGUAUACCGACAUUCUCGACAUCCUACGAUCCUCCAAGCUUCCCUUCCGCCUGCAUGCUGCUAGUGUCGCCAAGCCGUGUGGAGAGGAUCAUGGAUGCCCGCUCGUUGCCGCGCGCAUGACGCUGCUCUGCCGACUCACCGAGCUCGCGCACGAAGCCGAGUGGCUAGGCUACCCGUCCAUCGCCCAGCUAUGCGCGCACCAACUCAAGCUGCUCUAA